GUUGAGCAGCAUUACCCGGAAGUGAAGGAGUGAGGAAAGUAGUUGGCAGCUGUGCAAGCUUCAGACCUGACGCAUUGUUAGAAUUUGGUGAAAGAUGAGUCUCCAGUGGACCGCCGUGGCAACCUUUCUUUACGUUGAGGUGUUUCUUGUUUUGCUGCUGUGUAUUCCUUUCAUUUCACCAACAAGGUGGCAAAAGAUCUUCAAAUCUCGCCUGGUACAGUUAGUAGUGGCAUAUGGGAAUACGUUCUUUGUGGUCCUGAUAGUUAUCCUCAUUCUUUUACUAUUGGAUGCUCUGCGUGAAAUCCAGAAGUAUGGGGUCGGUGAGCAAGUGGAUCUCAAGCAUAAUCCAGUGGCUGUCGAGCACAUCCACAUGAAACUGUUCCGAGCUCAGCGCAAUCUGUACAUUGCUGGGUUUUCCCUGCUGCUGUCCUUUUUGCUGAGACGCCUGGUCACACUGAUUUCCAAGCAAGCAACACUCCUGGCUUCGAAUGAAGCCUUCAAGAAGCAGGCAGAGAGCGCCAGUGAUGCCGCAAAAAAGUACAUGGAGGAAAACGACAAGCUGAAGAAGCAACUGAAAGCCGCUGGGGUGGAGGUGAGUGAUCUUCCAGAAAACAAUGCCGAGGAAGAAAACAAGAAACUCAAAGGAGAUGUCAACAAGCUCAAGGAAGAACUGGAGUCGACCAAGAAAACUUUGAAUAAAUCCCAGAAUGAAGUGAUCGCCAUCAAGAAGCAGUCUGAAGGGUUAACUAAGGAAUACGACCGUCUACUAGAGGAGCAUUCCAAGCUGCAGGCACUUCAAGAUGGACCACCCAACAAGAAAGAAGAAUAGAACCAUACGGAAAUGCCCAGAAAUGUCCCUUCCCCACGCAUUUGAUUCUUUUAAAAGCUGUCCUAUGUUUUCAGGGGUUGGAGUAUGAGUUUAUCAUACAUGACAGCAAUUCAUUCUGGUUACUCGCAGAACCAUACUUUUUUUUUUUUUUUGUUGUUAAAGCGAUAGCACUGCAAUCCUCUGCUCGCUUAUAAUGUUAUCAGAGUUUCUAUAUUCAUGUUAUUCUGCAUGUAGUCAGUUCAGUGUUCAGCUUUACCGAAGCUCAGAAAAUCAAAUGCUAUCUCGGCGGUGGCGUGCUCUGAAUGGCGCUCCCUCUUUUUACUAUUGAGGUCAAAAAAAGAUUAGAGACAAAAACAAAGACACAAUGCGUUGCAGAUACAAUGUGCGGUUUUAGUUGAUGGAUCUUUCUUGGUAGAGAAACAGUUAAGAGCCGUGCUAGUCCAUUUCAGUUAAUUUGUCCUCUACAUAUCUGUUCUCCAUAUCUGUAAGUCUGAUACCUUGCACUGUUUACCACGCUGACUCCAGUUGUCUAAUUAAAUCAGUGAUUAUUGUAUGUAAUAAAACGACGUUAAGACAUU